GUGCACGCAUGAAAUAGAUAAAGGCAAGCCGGCAGGCUUUGGUGUUUUUCGUUUGUGGACCGUGUUGGUGAAGUGAUUUAUUCAUUAAUUUGUACUUAUUUUGAUCAUAUAUGCUGCCCAUCGAUGGCGAUUAUCCGUAUUCUUACUUCUAAUCUGUAUUCAAGUGUCUGAAGAGCGUUAAAGGCACCAUGGACUUCUUGGCUGAGAAUAACGCCUGUGGUCAGACCCUCCUGAACCUUGUCUCGAGAGGUAACGCCAUCAUAGCUGAGCUCCUCCGACUGUCCGACGUGGUGCCGGCCAUCUUUAAGCUCGAAAGUCGGCCUGACAUAACCAAGUAUGGCGACAUACUGUUCGACUACAGCUACUUCAAGGCCAUUGAGCACUACGAGAACAAGAUAGAGAGCAAUGCUCAACUCCAAGACAGGGAUGAAGAGUUCAGGGAGAACUACAUUGAGAUCCUGACUCGUUUCUACCUUGCAUUUGAAAGCAUUCACAAGUACACAGUAGACCUGAACAGGUUCUUAGAGGACCUGGAUGAAGGCAUCUACAUCCAGCAAACAAUUGAAUCUGUCCUCACAAAUGAGGAUGGGAAACAACUGAUGUGUGAAGCUCUGUUCUUGUGCGGUGUGAUUCUGCUUGUUGUGGACCAGAAGAUAGAGGGCAUUGUCCGAGAACGCAUGCUGGUUUCUUACUACCGCUACAGCGCUCAGAGCUCGAGUGACGAGUCCAACUUCGACGACGUCUGCAAGCUCCUGAGGGGCACGGGCUUUUCGUCUGCUCCGGGCGCCAAGCGGCCCGCCAACUACCCCGAGGACUAUUUCCAGCGCGUGCCCCUGAACGAGACCUUCGUGAGCAUGGUGCUCGGACGCCUCCGGUCGGACGACGUGUACAACCAGAUUUCGGCAUACCCGCUCCCGGAGCACCGGAGCAUGGCCCUUGCCACCCAGGCGGCCAUGUUGUACGUCGUGCUCUACUUCACGCCGGGCGUCCUGCACAACGAGCAGGCCAAGAUGCGAGAGAUUGUCGACAAGUACUUUCCGGACAACUGGGUGAUCAGCAUUUACAUGGGCAUGACCGUAAACCUUGUGGAUGCCUGGGAGCCAUACAAGGCAGCUAGACAGGCACUACUAAACACGUUGGAUGCUGGAAACGUCAGAGAUCAGGCAGUGAAGCACCACAACCGGACGAUGAAGCUCAUCCCAAAGCUGCAGCAGCUGCUGAAGGAGGGCGCACUGGUGGAGGAGUUUGUCUUGGACAAUGUUCCCAAACUGCUGAACACUGUCCGAGAAUGCAACGUCACCCUGCGCUGGACGCUUCUGCACACUGUCAACCUUUCGCAAGCUGGAGUGGAGUCCAGCAAAAAGUGCCGACAACUGAGGGACCAAGUCCACCAGGACAACAAGUACCAGCCGCUGAGCGUGUUUCAGCUUCUCUUGCACGCCGCACAGUUUGAACUCAAGCUAAAAGAACUGUUUCGGCACCUGCUGUCAGUAAAGCACGACAAGUGGAGCUCUCUCAAGAAGGAGAGCACAGAACGACUGGCGGAGUUGUCCGAAGUCUACUCCGGGACAAAGCCUCUGACCCGUGUCGAGAAGAACGCGAACCUGCAAGCAUGGUUCUCCGAGAUGAGCAAGGAGAUUGACUCGCUCGACUACGAGGACACCACGGGCACAGGGCGCAAGAUAGUGCAGCUCAUACAGGCUCUAGAAGAGGUGGAGCAGUACCACCAGCUGGAGGCCAACCUCCAGGUGAAGCAGUUUCUGGCAGAGACGCGGCAGUUCCUUCACAGCAUGCUGAGGAUCAUCAACGUCAAAGAGGAGGUCCUCGUCACCCUGGAAGUGAUCGCCGACCUCUCCUAUGCCUGGGAGAUCAUUGACGGUUACACCCCCUUCAUGCAGAAGGGAAUCCGAGACGACCCUUCGAUGGUCAUCAAACUCCGGGCCACGUUCCUCAAGCUGGCCACAGCUUUGGACUUGCCGCUACUUCGCAUCAAUCAAGCCAACAGUGCCGACCUGGUGUCGGUGUCGCAGUACUACUCAAACGAGCUGGUGAACUAUGUGCGCAAGGUGCUGCACAUCAUCCCGGUGACCAUGUUUGGGCUUCUGGCCAGGAUUGUGGAGCUUCAGACGACCUCCAUCAAGGAGGUGCCCACCCGGCUCAUGAAGGACCAGCUCAAGACCUAUGCUCAGCUGGAACCUCGAUACGAGGUGGCCAAGCUGACCCACUCCAUCUCGGUGUUCACGGAGGGCAUCCUGAUGAUGAAGAAGACGCUGGUGGGCAUAGUGCAGGUGGAUCCUAAGCAGUUGCUGGAGGACGGCAUACGCAAGGAGCUCGUGCACCAGGUCAUGAAGGCCCUGCACACGGGCCUCGUCUUCAACCCCAAGGCCAAGACGAGCGAGCUGGUGCCCAAGCUGACGGCCCUGGGCAAGGUGAUGGACGGCUACUACCGGUCCUUCGAGUACAUCCAGGACUAUGUGAGCAUCUACGGGCUCAAGGUCUGGCAAGAGGAGGUGUCCAGAAUUGUCAGCUACAACGUCGAGCAGGAGUGCAACGCCUUCCUCAGGCACAAGGUUCAAGACUUCCAGAGUGUGUAUCAGUCCCGGACAAUUCCGAUUCCGAGGUUUCCUCAGCUGGACCAGGCAUCGGUCAACUUCAUCGGCCGGCUGGCCAGGGAAGUCUUGCGCAUCACAGACCCAAAGACCACCGUGUAUGUGGACCAGUCUAAUUCGUGGUUCGACAACAAGUCGCACGUCGAGAUAGUCAACCUCAGCCUUUUCUCCCUUUUGCAGAAGAGCAUCGGGACGCCCGGCCUGACAGGUUUGGACCGUCUGCUGUCCUUCAUGAUUGUCAAGGAGCUCCAGGGCAUCCUAAGGUCCUUGGACAAAGGAAUGGCCAAGGACAAGUCGUGGCAGGAGUUGCUCACCAAUCUGUCGAGCUCACUGCAGCCGUUAGACGGCCUCGUCCAAAACGUGGGCAGGACGUUCGGUGCAGCGCUGACGAGGGUAUCAAAGACAUGGUCCGUCUUCCUCGAGAGUGUGCUCAAGGUGGGGCAGAUGCAAAUCCUGCGGAAGGCCAUCUCGCACGAGCUCUACACGACGGCCAAGUUUGAGUCAAAGGAUCUUGCCAGCGCACUGCAGACCAUGAACGAUUCAGUGCUGGCGGAAGUGAAGGCUCACUACAAGGACCCCAGCAAGCCGUAUCCAAAGGAGGACAACCCUCUGCUCAUGGAGCUGGCUACGUAUCUGGAAUGGUCGGGCAUCUACAGACCCCUGGCCAAGAUUUACGUGACCACCAAGCCCAUUGGGAAUCUUCCGCUCUUCAUGAUGCUGUUCACGGUUACUCACAUGACCAAAUUCACUUAUGUGAGCACCCUUGGUGGCCUGGUGAGCAAGAAAGGGGUGGAGUCGAUAGACGGGCUUCCGUUUGUCCUGGGGUCCUUCACGUUCCUCAAGCAGUUCCACCAGGACAACACGGAGCAAUUCCUCGCCUACCUGGGCCAGUAUGUUCGAUCCCUGCUGGACCAGGGAACGGUCAGCACUACCAGGUUUGCAGAGGCAUCCGCAGAAACAACCAACAUUAUGGCGUACCUCGAGAUCCUCGUUCAACACAGUGAGCUUCCUCGCAAGAUGGUCACCAACCACAUUCCAGACUAUCUCUUCGACCGGUUCAGGACCGUCCUGUAAAAUAUAUAAUUUUGUAUAAAAUUUUUGUUUUUCAAAUCAUUCCUGCAAAGAAAACUUGUGGCGUACUAGUUCUGCUCUGAGCAGUUACACCGGCGACUGGUUUGUACGAAGCACACAGCUCCGGAUGAUUGCUUUUGUCGUACGUAGUAGUAUUCACAGCUGUACAAUAAAAGUGCUGCGUGUUUUCUUUUUGCUGCAUUUUA